AUGGUUGACAGUAUCGUUGCACAACAAACAACUGUAUCUGUUGCCAAGACCCCAAAGGUUCAAGAGGUUCCAAAGAUUCCGAAUCCCCAAAGAGACAAUAUAAGAUUUGGACCAACCCCAGUCGAUGGAAGUGGGAGCAAAGGUGGUUCAUCAUUAUGUAUUAUCCAUACUUUGAAUGAAUCAACAACAUUAGAAUAUUCUUCUUCUUGUUACUCAAACACAAAUAGAAUAAUGGAUAAGAAAUAUAUCAUAUUAUUGUUUAAGAAUAUAUACUUGAGAGAACAAGUUAAAAAGUUCUUUCCAAAACCUGACUUGGUCGAAGGUUUAAGAGUGUAUCGUUAUGAUCAUUGGCAUACUGCUAAUCAAAUGUUGGAGUAUGGUUAUGGUGGAUUGUUACUCGACAAGAUCAACAGAGGUAUUGUCGUUCCUUUUCAAGGCAACCAAGCUAUCGAGUUGAUAUGUGAAAAGGUAACAGACUAUGACAUGUUUAUGCAGUUUUACAACCUCAAAAGGGAUGCAUUUCUGUCAAAACAUCUCGUAUCGUGUGCAAUCAAAGGUGGAAAUGUCAGAAUUGUACAGACUCUUCUUGACCAGAUCACUCCAAUGACAGUCUGCACAGACAAUGCCUAUGUUAUGGCUGUCUAUCAUGGUCGACUCGAUGUGCUAAAGUUGUUGAUUGAAAGAAAGGUUGAAUAUUGUGCUGGUGACAUAUCUCGAAGCCUACAACUGUUGGAUUCAGGCUGGACAUCCAAUGACCUAUCUUGCUAUGGUCUCCGACUCGACACCCUAACGAUUCGAGACGCCACCGAUGCCAUGGCAGCAUUCAACUUUCUCAAAAACAGUAAACAAUUCAAAUCAAUACCCGAUGUCUUCAACCAAGGUCCAGACUUUAAUGAACGCAAAGGCAACUUUGGUCCAUUUGUACGAUACGAAGAGUUUCUGAAAAGACAUCCCCACAUGCUUGACAACAGACCCUACCUCACUGAAUACAUUCGGUUGUUGCAGUCUGGUUCAAGUUUUGGCCGUUCAAAGCUUCAGCGCAUCAAACACGAGCUAUCCGAUCCCAAACUCAAUAUUCAAGAUUUACUUAAAGAUAAAACGACAAAAUGGUAUAAAAUACGAGCAUUAAUCAAAUGCGGGAGUUUGGAUGAUAUGCCUGCCAUCAUUCGCAGCAUCGAUAUUGGUGGACCCGAGGUGUUUGACGAAGCAGUUUCUCGAAAAGAUGAAAAUGCACAUUUGGUGGUUGAACUGUUACUCAGCAGUGGAAUGAGUAUCCCCCAACCUUGGCGUCGACGUAAAGUGGAUUCGGAUAAAACUUGGGAUCUUCUCGAACCACUUUUACCACAUGGAUCUGAAAGAGAACCACAGAGAGACUCCUCGAAUCAUUAUGUAGACAAUAGAAAAGAAUCAAGCAGAAGAGCAAAUGUCAUUUGCAAAUGUAUGUCAUUGGAAUUGUUUUUCGUACAUUGCCGUCAAUACACCAAAUACUCUCAAUAUGACCAUGAUCAUUUGUAUAGCGUCAUUACAAAUGGAAGUGCCCAAAGUUUGGAAUUUGUAAAGUCAAUAGUACAACAUCCAAAAUUUCCAACCAAAGAGUCAAUUUGUCUCACCAAGAUUGCAUCAUCUGGUUCGAUUCUAAUGAUUGAUUAUUUCAAGUCAUUGUAUCCAUUAUGUUAUACCGAUCGUGCACAUUCACGUGCUCUCUUGGAAUCAGGACAAGUAGAUGUACUCAAACAUUAUAUCACCAAACAACCAAAAUUGAAACGUAUUCUUAGCGGUCUUGUCACUCGAGCAUAUAUCAAGUAUCUCUUGACAGAAAACCAUAUGGAGAUGUUUCUAUACCUUUUGAAAAAGGGGUAUUUGGAAUAUUACAAUGGUCUUCAAUCAACGUCUGCAUAUAAAAAAGAUCCAAUUUGGAAAGGUAUUAUUUUAUUUGCAAAGGAUCGUUAUAAUAAUCCUCAAGAAACAGAUGAUGAUGAUGAUGAUGAAGAAGAUGAAGAUGAAGAAGAAGAAGAGGAGGAGGAAGAGGAUGAAGAGAAAGAGGAAAUCAUAAAGAUACAACCAAAAAGAAAAAAGCCAGAAGCAAAGCAAGAACCAAACGGCACCACUAAAACAAAAAUGAAGAAGAUUGAACAACCAAAAAAGAAAUCAAAGAAAUAA